AUGGUUCCCGGCGCGCCGACCAAAGGCACCAUCCUUGCGACGGGCGCGCUUGCCGACAGCGAGAUCUGGCAGCAAGUUCGGGAGGUGCUGGACGAUAAGGACGCCGAUUACCCGGUGCCUGGUCAUCCUCCAAUGCACCCGGACGAGAAUUUCAUCGAGCUGUGCCGCCCCUCGGGACUUCGUCCCGCCGCUGGCGCCGAAGAAGGCGCUACGGGUGUCGUCCGGCUCCGCGAGGCGAGCCGCGACCCCGCCGGGGGUGAGCGGCGGUGUCGCCGGGGAGACUGCGGAACCCACCGCAGAGGCGGCCUCUACGGCGGCAACCAGAGGGAGGGCGUCGCAGCUGAGCACGAGCAGGGUCCGACCCCUGCUCCGCCUUCUGCCUCCGCGGCUGCCCCUGCAAAACAAGGUGUUGCCGCUGGGGUCCCUCUGCCUGGCGAGGUGAUAGACCUCGAUGACAAGGCGGAGGAGGAGCCUGCGGCUCCGACGGCGAUAGCGGAGAUGGGGGCAGUUGCCCCAGUGACUGCGAUGGAGAUGGAGGUGGUGACGGAGGAGGGAAAGUCCACCCCCGCGUCCAUGACGGGGAUAGCAGCGGCGGUGGAGGCGGGGGUACGUGCCCCAGCAGCCGCGACGAAGGCGGCGACGGCGGCAAAGGCGGGGGUGCCUGCCCCGGCGGCCACGACGGAGGUGGGGACGCCUGCUUCGGCGGCCGCGACGAAGGCCGCGGCAGCGGUGGGAACGGGAAUGCCCGCUCCAACAGCCGUGACGGAGACGAUGGCGGUGGCGGAUGGAGCGGGAUGCGCGUCGGCGUCGACGGUGGCCGCGGCGACUUCGACAGAGACGGCGGCGCAUGUGCCGGGGCCGUCGGCGAGGCCGGCAGCAUGA